AUGUCUGUCUUCAGCACUCUUCUCAAGGCCGGCCUCAUGGCCCUCGCCAUGAGCAUGCUCAUCACCAGUGGCCACGCUGCUCCAGCUGCAUCGUUGCAUCCAGUUUGGGAUCCAGUGCACGGAAAAUGGGACUUCAACUGCCUUGUGGAUAAGCCGCAACUUCCCACCCCUGGCGCUGUCAGACCCACGCACUGCCCUCCAGUCUCCUCCGACAGCGUGACUAGCACCACUCGCACUGUCGCCGUCCGACCAACGACCACCACCUCUGCUUUCCCAACCUUGGUCCCCGGUACGAACGGCACCACUCCCCAGAACUUGACCGGCAUCCAACCCACCAUCCCCAUCGAUGGCAACUCGACUGUCGAGGCCAGGGCGGAAAGAGUGUCCGUCCAUGCACCACGAAUUCCCAUAAAUACCCACAGCGAGGUAGCCAGAAAAACAAUGUCCUGUGAAGACAGGUGGAUAUAUCCAGCCGCCUGCAGCAUGGGGAAGAAUUUCCCAACCGCUGCUCCAACAGGUCCCAAAGAACACAACGGCAACGACAACCAAGGUGAGGAACGUCCAAGACAUACUACGUGGAAGUACCGCGGUGAAGAGGGUCCAAUACAUCCACCACACGCCAGCCAUACCCACAGCGAGGUAGCCAGUGAAACAACAACAACGACCAGUGAAACAAUUCUCAUCUACCCACCAGGCUUCUUCACACGUACCCACAGCAUGGACAAGAAUAGUCCAACUGCUGCUCCAACAGGUCCCAAAGAACACAACGGCAAACGCAACAACGGUGAGGAUGGUGAAGAUCUUUCUGGGCUUAUGGGACACCACAGUGAGCAGGCUUGGAAAUCUAUCCUGCCUCGACCCCACAACAGUCAUACCAGCACCAUGAAAAAGCCAGUACCAACUGGCAUACCCCGCCCCGGUCACGGCGCCCAUGGUGAGGAGGGUCCAAGAUAUAAUUCGGCACAUCCCCUGAUUCCACCACACACCAGCCAUACCCACAGUGGUAACAUGACGGCGCCGACUGGUCGUCCAGCAGGUCCUAAAGAACACAACGAUAUGAUCCAAAACAACGCCGCCAGCGUCGAAGUUCGUGGCCAACAUGGCCAUCAUGGCCGUCCAGGCAAGCCCGACAACAAUGACAACGGUAACGGCAACAACGGUGGAAGCAACGGAAACAACGGUAACAACGGUGGUGGCAACACUAACAACGGUGGUGUAGGCGAGGCCAUUGUCGUCAACGCCUGCCCCUUCUCCGUCCAGAGCAACAUUGUCCACGCUCCACGUCCAGGUGUCGCCGGCGCUCCCGAAGAAAUCUUCAGCGUCCUUGCCCCAGGUCAGACCGCCACCCACGCCUUCAGCCACGACCCAAAGAUGGGCAUCAGCUGGAAGGUCUGGCGCACCGACGUGGCCAACCACUCCCCCAUCCAGUUCGAGUGGACUUACGUGCCGGAACAGGGCCGCACAUGGUACGACCUCAGCAUGAUCGACGCCGGCAAGAUCGCGUACACGGACCCCAAUGCUUCAGGAAAGAUUUUUGGAGAUGCCGAUGGCUAUGGUGAUUACGUUGGCCAAGUUGCUGUCAAGCAUGCCUUCGCCGAUCACGGCAUGACUUUGACCCCGAUGUCCGGUGGCAACGUGUUGACCGAGGGCAACUGUGUUGCCGUACGAUGCCAGCCUGGCGAUGAGUUCUGCAAGGAUGCUUAUAAUGUCUGGAACGACUGGGGUCAACAGCGUGAUUGCGCCCAGGGUGCCAGCUUGAAGUUGACGCUCUGUGGUUAA